GUCCCUCGCAUUAGCCCACUUUCACACUUCACAUUUUCGUUAUGUCUUGAAUAAAUCUUCGGACACAAUAAAUAGUUAGAUACCAAACGUUCUCUUACUCCUCCACUUUCGUCUUCUCCUCAUCAAUAGAUCCUAAAUCCUUCCUCUCUCUUUUUUUUUUUCAUUUUCGUCUUCACCUUUUGGGCUUCACUAUGGCAGCUGCCGCGGAUAAAGGCAAUGAACUCGACCACAUCAAGAAUGAAGCCGUUGAUCUGAUUCGAAUACCCAUGGAGGAAGUCUUUGAAGAGCUGAAAUGUACAAAACAAGGUCUUACAUCAGAUGAAGCUUCUUACCGUCUAGACCUCUUUGGUCCCAACAAGCUCGAAGAGAAGAAGAAAAGCAAAAUUAUAAAGUUUUUAGGCUUCAUGUGGAACCCCUUGUCGUGGGUGAUGGAAGCGGCGGCUCUAAUGGCUAUCGCUUUGGCGAACGGAGGAGGAAGACCACCGGAUUGGGAAGACUUUGUGGGGAUAGUGGGUUUGCUAUUCAUCAACUCAACCAUUAGUUUCAUCGAAGAGAACAACGCUGGUAAUGCUGCAGCCGCUCUCAUGGCCGGUCUAGCCUGCAGAACUAAGGUGCUCAGAGAUCGUCAAUGGAGCGAGCAACAAGCAUCCAUCCUCGUACCCGGCGACAUAAUCACCGUCAAGCUCGGCGACAUCAUUCCCGCCGACGCGCGUUUACUCGACGGCGACCCUCUCAAGAUCGACCAAUCAUCUCUCACCGGCGAAUCAAUCCCCGUCACCAAAACCCCCGGCGACGAAAUCUUCUCCGGCUCGACCUGCAAACAAGGCGAGAUCGAAGCCAUCGUCGUCGCCACGGGAGUCCACACGUUCUUCGGCAAGGCCGCUCACCUCGUCGACACCGCGAACCAAACCGGACAUUUCCAGAGAGUCGUCACCUCGAUCGGCAACUUCUGCAUCUGCUCGAUCGCGCUGGGAAUCGCCGUCGAGCUCCUCGUGAUGUACCCGAUCCAGCGCCGCGAGUAUCGCGACGGAAUCGAUAACCUCCUCGUAUUGCUGAUCGGAGGGGUUCCGAUCGCGAUGCCUUCUGUGUUGUCCGUCACGAUGGCGAUCGGAUCUCAUAGAUUGUCUCUGCAAGGAGCUGUGACGAAGAGGAUGACUGCGAUCGAGGAGAUGGCUGGUAUGGAUGUUCUGUUGAGCGAUAAGACUGGGACUCUCACGUUGAAUAAGCUUACCGUUGAUAAGAACUUAGUGGAGCUUUUCGCGAAAGGAGUUGAUAGAGAGAAUGUUAUCCUCUUGGCUGCGAGAGCCUCGAGGAUUGAGAAUCAAGAUGCGAUUGAUGCAGCUAUUGUUGGAAUGCUUGCUGAUCCUAAAGAGGCUCGAGCGGGUGUGAGGGAAGUUCAUUUCCUUCCUUUUAACCCGGUGGAUAAGAGAACUGCGUUGACGUAUGUUGAGUCUGAUGGGAGCUGGUACCGAGCUAGUAAAGGAGCUACGGAGCAGAUACUGAACUUAUGUAGUUGUAAGGAAGAUGUUAAGAGGAAAGCUCAUGGAGUGAUUGAUAAGUUUGCUGAGCGUGGGCUUCGAUCUUUGGCUGUUGCAAGACAGGAAGUUCCGGAGAAGAAGAAAGAUGCUUCUGGUGGCCCAUGGGAACUUGUGGGUCUUUUACCUUUGUUUGAUCCUCCGAGGCAUGACAGUGCCGAGACAAUCAGGAGGGCUUUAAACCUUGGUGUUAAUGUUAAGAUGAUAACCGGGGACCAGCUUGCAAUUGGGAAAGAAACUGGUCGCAGGCUUGGAAUGGGUACAAACAUGUAUCCUUCUUCUGCGCUACUCGGACAAGAGAAAGAUUCUUCCUUGGGUGCACUUCCUGUUGAUGAACUGAUCGAGAAGGCUGAUGGAUUUACAGAAGUCUUUCCAGAGCAUAAGUACGAGAUUGUUAGUAGGCUGCAACAAAGGAAUCAUAUAUGUGGUAUGACUGGAGAUGGUGUGAAUGAUACCUCAGCUCUCAAAAAGUCGGAUAUUGGUAUAGCUGUUGCUGGCGCUACUGAUGCUGCGAGAGGCGCUUCUGAUAUUGUUCUCACAGAACCUGGACUGAGCGUUAUCAUCAGUGCAGUGCUUACCAGUAGAGCCAUAUUCCAAAGAAUGAAAAACUACACUAUUUAUGCGGUUUCAAACACGAUACGUAUUGUGUUUGGCUUCAUGUUCAUUGCUCUCCUAUGGGAGUUUGAUUUCGCGCCUUUCAUGGUCCUGAUCAUAGCAAUCUUAAACGAUGGAGCAAUCAUGACAAUAUCAAAGGACAACGUGAAGCCAUCUCCACAGCCAGAUAGCUGGAAACUCAUAGAAAUCUUCUCGACCGGAGUUGUGUUUGGAGGUUACCAGGCCUUGAUGACUGUCGUUUUCUUCUGGGCGAUGAUAGACACUGAUAUUUUCUCGAACAUGUUUGGUGUGAGACCAUUGAGUCAACGUCCUGAACAAAUGAUGGCUGCUUUGUAUCUACAAGUUAGCAUCACAAGUCAAGCUCUCAUCUUCGUCACCAGGUCCCGUAGCUGGUCCUACGUCGAACCCCCUGGUCUUCUCUUACUUGGUGCAUUUGUCAUAGCUCAGUUGGUGGCGACGUUGAUAGCUGUUUAUGCCAACUGGAAUUUUGCGCGGAUAGAAGGAGCCGGUUGGGGAUGGGCUGGAGUGAUCUGGCUAUACAGUCUCGUAACCUACAUCCCUCUCGACUUGCUCAAGUUUUUGAUCCGCUACGUUUUGAGUGGAAAAGCCUGGUUAAACCUUCUUGAAAACAAGACUGCCUUCACGACGAAGAAAGACUAUGGUAAAGAGGAAAGAGAGGCUCAAUGGGCUGCAGCUCAAAGAACCCUCCAUGGACUUCAACCACGAGAGACGAACAUCAUCUUCAAUGAAAAGAAUUGUUACAGUGAACUCUCUGAGAUUGCUGAACAGGCUAAACGCCGAGCUGAGGUUGCCAGGCUGAGAGAGCUAAGCACAUUAACAGGACAAGUAGAGUCAGUGGUUAAGCUUGGAGGACUUGACAUUGACGCGAUUCAGCAACAUUACACAGUCUAAUCUACUUUGGUUACUAAAAAAGGCUAUUUAAUUAGUUUGAAAACAAAAGCAAAGUUGUGUAGACUUGCACCGAUGCAUUUUUUAGGAUCGUUGGUUUUUGUACUAAUUUUAUAUUAAGUUCAUGUAUUAAUAUAAUAUUGAGAAUUUAAAUUAUUUUAUUUUGAUA